AUGGCAGAGGAGGCGGCCGUGGUGGGUCUGUGCGGGAGCGAGAGCGUGAGCGCUCCGCAGCAGCAACUGGUGUUAUUUGAAGACGUCGCUGUGGACUUCACCUGGCAAGAGUGGCAGCACCUGGAUGUUGUUCAGCAGAACCUCUACAGAGAUGUGAUGCUGGAGAACUACAGCAGCCUGAUGUUCUUGGGGAACUGUAUGACCAAACCAGAUUUGAUCUUCAAGUUGGAGCAUGGAUUUGCACCAUGGACUGUAUUAGAAUGCUCAAUUCACAGGCUUCCAGAAUUGAAAACUCAACACAAAAUGCAGUGGCCAGAGACAGAUGAUUUUAAACAAUUCCAGAACACCAUUUACCAGAAGUUACAUCAGACAUGUUAUCAAGGAACAAACACAGGUGACAAGCUGCUUGAAUGUGGGACAAGUUUUAUCUCCAAGUCACACGUCACUAAUCAUCAGAGAACUCAAACAGGUAACAAACCUUAUGACUGUAAUGUAUGUGGAAAAGCUUACCUGACCCAGUCACAUCUCACUAUGCAUUAUGAAACUCAUACAAGUUAUAAGCCAUACAAAUGUAGCAAAUGUGGGAAAGCAUUCAUGUCCAAGUCACAUCUCAAUAAGCCAUAUGAAUGUACUGCAUGUGGGAAAGCCUCCGUUUUAAACUCAGAUCCUAAUAAGGAUCAGAGAAUUCACACAGGUGAGAACCCUUAUGAAUGUAAUGAAUGUGGAAAAGCUUACAUCACCCAGUCACCUCUCACUGUGCAUCAUCAAGAACACACAGGUGAGAAGCCAUAUGAAUGUAUUGAAUGUGGAAAGGGCUUUAUCUGCAAGUCACAUGUCACUAAUCAUCAUAGAACUCACACAGGUAAGAAACCAUAUAAAUGUAUUGAAUGUGGAAAAUGCUUCAUCUAUAAUUCAGAUCUUAUUAGGCAUCAGAGAAGUCACACAGGUGAGAAGCCAUAUGAAUGUACUGAAUGUGGGAAAGUCUUCAUCCGCAAGUCACUUCUUACUAGACAUCAGAGAACUCACACAGGUAAGAAGCCAUAUGAAUGUACUCAUUGUGGGAAAGCAUUCUUCUACAAGUCAAGUCUCACUAAUCAUCAGAGAACUCACACAGCUGAGAAACCAAAUGAAUGUACUGAGUGUCAGAAAGCUUACAUCUCCAAGUCACACCUAAUGAAUCAUUGCAGUACUCAUACAGGUGAAGCACAAUAUAAAUGUACUGAAUGUAGGAAAGCCUACAUCACCAAUUCACAGCUCACUAUUAAUCAGAGAACUGACAAAGGUGGUAAACAAUAUAAAUGUAUUCAAUGUGGAAAUGGAUUCAUGCACAAGGCAGAACUCACAAGACAUCAGAGAAGUCACACGGGUGAGAAGCUAUACAAAUGUACUGAAUGUGGGAAAGCCUUCAUCAGCAAGUCGUAUCUUAUUAUGCACCAGAGAAGUCACACUGGUGACAAGCCAUAUGAAUGUACUGAAUGUGGGAAAGCCUUCAUCAGCAAGUCGCAUCUUAAUAGGCAUCAGAGACUUCACAUAGGUGAAAAGCCACAUGAAUGUACUGAGUGUCAGAAAGCUUACCUCUUCAGGUCAGACCUAAUUGUUCAUUGGAGAAUUCAUACAGGUGAGAAGCCAUAUGAAUGUACUGAAUGUGGGAAAGCCUUCAUCACCAAUUCACAGCUCACUAUUCAUCAGAGAACCCACGCAGUUGAUAAACCAUAUAAAUGUAUUCAAUGUGGAAAAGGCUUCAUCCGCAAGACAGAUUUCACAUAUCAUCAGAGAAGUCACACAGGUGAGAAGCCAUAUGUAUGUACUGAAUGUGGAAAAGCUUUUUUCUUCAAGUCACAUCUUACUAGGCAUCAGAGAAGUCACACAGGUGAGAAGCCAUAUGAAUGUACUAAAUGUGGAAAAGCCUUCUUUCGCAACUCACAUCUUAUUAGGCAUCAGAGAAGUCACAGAGAUAAGAAGUCAUAUAAAUGUACUGAAUGUGGGAAAGCUUUCAUCUGCAAGUCACAUCUUAUUAGGCAUCAAAGAACUCACACAGGUGAAAAGCCAUGUGAAUGA